AAUUAAAUAUAGUUAUUAUCGUGUAAUUUAUUAAAAUGACUGAAGAAUCUUUAUUUUUGUACCAUUCUACUACUCCCAGUAAGAACCAAAUGGUUAUGAAGAAUAUGGACCUUGAUUUGUGUCUGAAUUUAAUGAAAGGAAUUGAGGUUUCUGAAAAGGACUUACAAGGUGUCAUUGCCAAUUACUUGUUCAUCAACAUGUACGAAGAUACUUACAAAUUCUUCAUACAAGAAACACAUUUUAACGAUGAUGGGUUUAAGCCUACGAUAUCUGAGAGGAAGUUUAUUAGGAACUCCAUUAUGGAGGGGAGGAUUAUGGACGCCAUUAAUCAGAUUAAUCAGAUUGACCGCAAUAUUUUGAAUGAGAACAGUAAUUUAUUAUUUGUGUUAAUGUUGUAUCGUCUUGUCGAUAUUAUCCUCUCGGGUGAUUUACAUACUGCAAUAAAAUUUGCCAAGGAAGAGAUUUCAUCUUGUAUCAAGAAAGAUCCUAACCUCCUUACAAAACUUGAAGAAGCCAUGUCAUUGCUCGCCUUUCAAAAUCUUAACUCACCUGAGGCAUUGGAGAUAAUAAAGAAGAUUCAGAAACCUGAUGAAAUAUCAAAUUUAGUAGACAAUUCACUGAUUGCCUAUUAUAACCUCGAUCCAAAACCUAUUUUGGAGAAUAUUAUUAAGGAAACGCUUUGGGUUGAGUCACAACUUGAGUCAAAACCUAAUUCCUACAGCUUAAAACUAUCAAACAUUAGCCGUUGCGGGUUCAAACUGUCAUCAUAAUCCAAUCCCUCAAAAUUAACUAAAUUUCAAUAAUUUCAAUUCAAACAAUCCAAUAAAUCCAUAAAUAAAGUUAAGUAAAUUUAGAGUAAUUUUUAAUUUCUUGAACAAUAUUAUAGUAGUUCAUAUCAUGUAACAGUUGUUUAUAUUGUAUAGAAAUAGCACAUUAGUAUGUUACAGCGAUUAAUAGCGUGGAUGAAGUGAAUUUUAAAAUUUGUGAUUUUAUUUAUCACGUUCGAAU